CCGCGCGCGCUUCCAGUUCCAGAGUCUCGGCUUCCUCGAUCUGCCGCCUAUCCUGAUCGCAGCAGAUGAACAGGACGCCGGCGAGGAGGAAGCGGAGGCUCUCCCCAGCCAGCGCGCAGCCGCGCCUCCUCGCCGUGGCCAUCGCUUCCGCGUCCACGCUCAUCUUCCUCGCCCUCGUGCUCCUCUCCACCUCCACUCCGCCGGCGCCCUCGUCCCGCCUCGCCAGUGGCGGCGGAAGAUCCUCCUCCUCCUCCACGGGGCCGCCUCGCUGCGGCGACGCGGGUCUCGGGGAGCUCGGCGACGCGAUGGUGUCCAUGCUCCCCAGGGACCUCCCCUUCACCGUCUUCGUGCCGUCGCCCGACUCCUUCCGCCGCGUCCUCAAGCUGCGGGGGUCCAACGCCAGCGCCGCCGCCGCCGAGGGCGACGACGACAGCACCUCCGCCGUCCUCUCCCGCGUGCUGGGCUUCUCCGCGGUGCCCCAGCGCCUGCUCGCCGCGGACGUGCCGCCGCGCGGGGCGGCGCGCCUCCUGGACUCCGUGUCCGGGCUGAGGAUCCGCGCCUCCCGGGACGCCGCGAGCGGGGCGCUCGUCGUCAAUGGCGUGCGGGCCGAGUGCACCGACAUCGUCAGGGGCGAGACCGUGGUGCACGUCGUGGCGGGCGUCCUCAUGGAUGCCGAGUUCGAGCGCUCGUUCGCGGUGGGAUCUCACGGUUGAUCGAGCCAUCAGACAUGGACACAUGGUUCUGCUUCUGCGUUUCUUUGUUUGUUCUGAAGCGGAAUUUGCAGGA